CUGCGCUGUCUUCACCCUUUGUUGACGAUGGUAGCUGACUGGUAGCUGUUCGUGGUUUUACCUGCAUCUGUUCACCGGAAUCGUUUCUUUUACUGCCCUGGUGUUAUGGAGAAUUUGGUCUGUAUGGAAAAUUCGGGUUCAUCCUUCUUCUGGUAAGAUCUCAUUUCACCGGAUUGGCCGAGGCUGAUGCCAUUCAAUCCAGCGGCUCAGGGUCUAAACAGGAUGGCCAUCGCGCAUUCCAGCGGGUCUAAAUAUAUCUAUUAAGGCCAGAGGAGGGGGAGGACAGGAGAAGGGGGGUUUAUCCUGGGACAUUUCACUGUCGCGGUGGUUAAGCACCACUUGAAUCAUCUUCCAGAGGAGAACUUGGCCCGAUCCAAACAUGCCCUCUGGUUAUAAUGUAAGAUCCAGGGCUCGGGAGAGGAACAGCGUCCUGAGCAGACCUGAGUUCAUGUCCCUGAACCAUCAGCCUCCCCGCGCCGGCUCCAGCUCCGGCGGUUCGAGCUCCUCUGAGACCCGAGGAAGCGCGAGACGACCGGGUCAAAUGAAGCACCAGACCAGCCAGCCGAGCGAGGAAGCCGCCGACAGCGGCAGCAAGGACCGGAGGGAAUCCGGCAAGAUGCCCGAGGAGGACUGCAUGCAGCUGAACCCUUCAUUCAAGGGGAUAGCGAUGAACUCCCUGCUCGCCAUUGACAUCUGUCUGUCCAAGCGCAUGGGGGUGUGUGCUUCCACGUCGUCCUCGUGGGGUGGCUGCCGCUCCAUGGUGGCCCUGCUCGCGCUCACAGGGCACGGGAUCACGUGGAUCAUUGGCACCAUAGUGUGUCUCACGAGGAGUAACACCCUGGCAGGGCAAGAAGUCCUGGUCAACCUGCUGCUUGCCCUCAUUCUUGACGUCAUGACUGUGGCCGGAGUCCAGAGACUUGUAAAGCGCAGAGGACCCUGGGAAAUGACGCCAGGCUUCAUGGACUGUGUCGCCAUGGACACCUACUCCUUCCCUGCCGCCCACGCCAGCCGAGCCGCCAUGGUGUCCAAGUUCCUGCUGUCCCACCUGGUCCUGGCCGUGCCGCUCCGCAUCCUGCUGGUGCUGUGGGCCUUCUUGGUGGGAAUGUCCCGGGUGCUGCUGGGAAAACACCACCUAACUGACAUGGUGUGUGGGUUUGCACUGGGCAUGCUCCACUUCAGCUUGAUGGAGACAAUGUGGCUCUCGUCGAGCACGUGUCAGACUCUCAUUUCCAUCAGCACGCUCAGCUGGAGCCCUUUUUCCUGAGCUUUUUAUAUAAGGCUGUAAGAGAUCUCGAAGCAAACUUUAUACACUAACUUUGUUACUGUAUUUAAAGGUCUUGUAAAGAUAUUUUUGCAGCAGUGCAAAGUUCUCAUUAUAGGAUCUGAACAAAGCAUUAAAAAUUGGAGUGGGCUGCUGACUUGCAUGUAACAUUGAAGACAAGGGGGUCUCUAAAAAGGUUCUUAUAUCCUUCUAUAUCCACUUCAAUCUACUAACACACACUUUUACUGCUGUUUAAUGCUCCUGGGAAGAUUUUGUAGCAGGUUAUGAAACUGAUUCCCACUCUGACCUAACCCAUUGUGUCACCUACAAUUUCCACAAGGUCUUUAUCCGCAGCAUUAUGCCCGUAACACAGUUUUGCAAAUGACAGCAUGUGCCCUCACGUGGUUAGUUCAUGCAGGAAUAAAGAGAACAAACAGCAUGAUAGGUUUAGGGAUGGGUACUGAAAUACAAAUCUGACAUGCUUGUGUUGUUGAGUUGUGGUCGCAGGGUGAUUGACUGUGAGCUGCAAUGUUGCAGUCGGGCCAAAAUCUGGCUGGAUUUGUGUAGUCUGAUGGUGAAUACAUGCAAGAGUUAAUCAGUCUCAAACAGCUUUAUCUAGGUGUGUUUUUUCCAGCUUUUGGAAACUGGAUUUUGUAUGAUUUCAGUUAGAGUAACAUGUUUACAUGGAUCCCAGCUAACUGGCUGCUAGUUUGAAAUAAGACCUUGUUGCUGAUUAUGUCUCGUAUUUCCUUUGGAUAGUUAAGACUAAAAAUGUCAUUAGGACAGGCCUUAUAGGUGCAGGGUACGUUUACAGAAAGUCUGGAAGUCUAAUAUCUUUAGCCAGGUGCCUCAUGACUUAAAACAAAGAGUUGUCUGUUCCUCGUGUUUUAUUUUGAAGUGUACUGGAGUCUUUGUUUAUUCUAUGCUUCACUUCCUUUUUGGGUCCAUCUGCUUUUUGCCCACAGAUUGAUGCGUGCUGGUUUCAGAUAAAAAUAGACUUUGCGCGCACCUUGAGUAGAGCAGUGUGGAGUCGCGCUUCUGGCACGCUCUGGAGGCAGAUCACAGCACAUGCAGUCAAAUAGUGUUUCCCAACCAUUUUUCCUUGGUGCCCCCCACACAUGUACCUAAGAAAAGCGGAGCCCCCCCCGUACCAAAGAGAGAAGAAAAAGUAAAAUACUGCCGUCAAAAAUCAAUGUAGAUUUUAAUAGUUUCAUUGAUAAAACCCUAAAAAAGGCCUAUGCAUGCUUUUCUUAUCAAAAGACAUUUGCAUAAACAACUUAAUAAUUGCUUUAUCAUGGUUUUUGUCAAUAUUUGCAAAUCUAAUUUUUUUUUUAGAACAGACAAAGCCUUGCCCCUUUAAAAUCUUUGGCGCCCCCCCUGGGGGGGUCCCAGACCCAAGGUUGGGAACCAAUGCUGUAGAAACACAAAGGCUAUGAUUUGUUCAGAGCAGCAUGGGCAGCGUGAACGGGAUGCUGCUCAGAUGGAGUGUGUGGAAAUUGUGGGUCAUACAAGCACACUGAAGAAAAACCCUUUCUUUCAUUUUUCACUAUGCAUAAGAAAUUAGACUGGUUAAAGAGAGCUGAAAACACUACAUACGCAUGAAUAUGACCAGUUUAGCAAAGACAUACUACGUUCUGCUUGUCCUAAAGUUCCUCACAAGAGCUUUAAUUUCAGUGCUGAAGGAGAAACUAGCUUCAAAACUGACAACUAUGUGAUAGAAAUGUAAAUUGGAAGAUUUUUUUUAUUUUAAGUUUUUUUGUGCUGAUUUCUGAUUCUUUCUCUUCAGUUUCCUACGUGCCUCUCCCUCUUCACCAUCCUGUUUCCUUUCAUUUCCUCUUUCUCUAUUAUCAUUUCCCUUUUUUUCUGAGUUUUUCUUAUUAUUUUGAAUUUUUAUGCUUUGAAUCAAAAAUGCUAAAAUCAUUUGAGUUUGAUGCCUCGGACUGUAACAAUGGAUGUAACUCUAGAGUAUUCACAUUUAUUUUUACCUCCUGGCAUGACUAAAACUGUAUGUUUCUGAAGGGUUAAUGCUCAUUUUUUAUCUUUAUGAAGAUGACUUUUGUUAAAUGCUGCUGAAAUGCUGGCUGCCUGUGAAAUUAACAUUUUCCUCGUGGGAUCAUACAUGACUCUUUCCUUUUAAGUGCAAUUUUUUUCUUAAAUAAGCUUUUUUCAGGCUGCUGUAGUCUGUACAUUAGCUGUACAGAUGCUUAUGGUUGAAAAAUAAUAUGCAUUCGGUCUGUGCCCCGUAAAAUAAGGGAAGAGUUUGUGAGUCCAGAAAUGUUACAUACAUUGUUUUUGUUUUGUUUUUUAAUGAAGCUUUAAUUGAAACCUUUGCAGUAUUAUUUAUGUGCAUUUGAUUGGUGUGUAAAUAAAGUUUGUGAACAUUGUUUUAUUUUGAACUGGGACCUGUACAUUAUGUUUUCAUAAUCCAAUUCCCUAAAAAGUUGGGACAUUGCAGAAAAUGUAAAUGCAAACAGAAUGUGGUGAUUUGCAAAACAUUGAACCCCCAUAAUUUGACAAUUACACCGAAGCAGUAUAUGAAAUGUAAGAAAUGUUUUCCAGAAUACAACAUAAUACCAAAAAAGUUUGGGCGCUGUUUAAAAUAUAAACAAACAGAAUGCAUGGAACAUAAAUAACAUUUCACACUUCGAAACAGACAUUUUAGCAUUUCAUUAAAAUAUUUGCUCAUUUUGAAUUUGAUGGCAGCAACACAGCUCAAAAAAGUAUGGACAGGGCCAUGUUUAUCGUUGUGUGGCAUCCCCUCCUCUUUUAACAACAGUCUGUAAACAUCUGGGAAGGGAUGAGACCAGUUGCUGGAGUUUUUGGAGAGGAAUGUUGUCCCAUUCUUGCCUGAGGUAGGAUUGAAGCUUUUCAACUGGAUUUUUCCAUUUCUUAUGCUCCAGAUGUUUUCUACUGGUAAAAGGCAUGUCCUGCAGGCAGGCCAGUUCAGCACCCAAACUCUUCUAAUGUGAAGCCAUGCUGUUGUGAUGCUGUCCCUGUAAGAGACAUUGCCUCAUCUGUUUGUUGAAAAUUUGUUUAAACUUAUCAGCAUUGAAAGUGUCUUUUCUGAUGUGUAAGCCGUCCAUGCCAUAGGCACGAAUGUAACCCCAAACCAUCAGAGAUGCAGGCACUGAUAACAAGCUGGAUGGUCCCUCUUCUCUUUAGUCCACAGGACAAAGCCUCCAUGGUUUCCAAAAAGAAUUUAAAAUUUUUAUUCAUUUGACCACAGAACAGUUUUCCAUCUUGUCUCAGUCCGUUUUAAAGGAGCUUUGGUCCAGAGAAGAUGGUGGUUAUUCUCGAUCAUGUUUACAUAUGGCUUCUUCUUUGCAUGAUACAGCUUUGAAUUGCAUUUGUGGAUGGCAGAGUGAACUGUGUUGACAGACAGUGAUUUCUGGAAAUGUUCCUGAGCCUGUGCAGUGAUUUCUAGUACAGAAUCCUGCCUGUUUUUAAUGCAGAGCUGCCUGAGGGCUUGAAGAUCAUGAGCAUACAAUACUGACCUUCAGUCUUGUCCCUCGUACACAGAGAUUUCUCCAGAUUGUCUAAAUCUUUAAAGAUAUUUUGUACUGUAGAUGAUGGGAUAUUCAAAGUCUUUGCCAUUUUAAAUUGAGGAACAGAAUUGUUUCACAAUUUUAAAGAUAGUUUUUGGCAUAUUGGUGAACCUCUGCCCAUCUUUACUUCUGAGAGACUUUCCUCUCUAAAUUUCCCCUUUUAUACCCUGUCAUGUCACUGGCCUGUUGCCAAUUUGCUUCACUAUCUGUUUUUCAUUAGUACCACUUACUUUUCCAGCCUUCUGUGGCCCUGUCUCUAUUUCUUUUAGAUGUGUUACUGCCAUCAUAUUCAAAAUGAGCUAAUAUAUUUCAUGAAAUGGUAAAAUGUCUGUUUCAACACCUGAUAUGUUGUUUAUGUUCUUUUCUGAAGAAAUUAUGGGUUGAUUAGAUUUGAAAAAUGUUUCAUUCCAUUUUUGUUUACAUUUUACACAAUGACCCAGCUUUUUUGGAAUUGGGUUUGUGAUAAAAUUAUGCAGUCUCAACAGCUGAUCAAUUGUUUUGUGCAGUUUUUGAAUAAAUAUGUUUCACGGUUUCCAUGUUAUGCAAAUCAAAUAUGUUUUUGUAAUUUAUAUUUUACACGUCAUCUCAACCUUUAAGGACCUGAGCUCGUGUUUUGUUGUUUCAUCUCAAUAAUAAAAUGAGUUGGGCUGUCAGUAAA